GGCCUUGGGGGACCUUGGGGGGCAAUGGCGUCAUACGUCCUCAACCGUGUGCGUACCUGGGGUGAGGAUUGUCAGGCAGCAUUUCCCUUUUCAAGUGUGCCCACUCUGCCAGUCUGCCCGCAGUGGCGCCUCCCCAGCAGGUGCACGAACACAGACAGCAGGAGGUGAGAGCGAGAGAAAAGAGGCCGAUGACAGGAGGGACCAACAGGGGAAUUAUCCAAACCCAUCAAAUCCCGACAUUCCCCUCUUUUUUUUUGGCUGCACCUCUCUCAGCUCAGCAUCCGUCCUGCCGUAUCUUGCCCGUUCUAUUUCCCACCUGCCCUCUCCACCCACCCUUUUCGGGCUUUGUCUUUUCUUGCCUCGUCUCCCAUCAUGGUUUCUCGCCCUGGGGGUCUCGCUCCAGACGGCUUCUCAUUCUAAUCUCGUCUGGCCAAGACGGUCACAUGAGACCGCGACAGACUGACGUCCUUCAAUCCGUCCCGUCAAACAGCAACCAUCAAUCAUCAUCCAUGACCCAGACAGGCACGCCCCAGUUACCCAGCUAGCUUGUACCAUAGUCAAGCGUAGUCUCCUGCAGCUCUGUCCCUCUCUUUGUCGACCUCACCAGCCCGCCUCGUCUCGUCUCGUCAGCCAACCAGCCAACCAACCAACCAACCAACCCACGCUACCGACCGAGCUCUGCCCAUCAGACAAAAACCACAACCCACAGCCCAGCCCAAAACUACAGACCGCCCUAGCUCCCAGCCUGGCAUGGCCAGCACGCUCCGCUCCGACAUGGCCGCGACGGCCGACCCGCAGGCCUCGUCGCCCUUCUUCGACCGCCUGCCCUUUGAGAUCCGCGAAAAGAUCUUCGACGAGCUGUGGGCCCUGCACGACACGCGCUGGCACGUCCACUCGGCCGGCGACCACGUCGUCCCCGCCUUCCCCUGCAUCACCGCCCCCGACGACGACGACAUCCGCUACGCCCGCUUCCAGGCCUCCCGCGGCGUCGAGGCCCUCACCUGGGAGUCCCGCCUGCGCUCGCCCUGGAACGCCCACUGGCGGUGCGCCGAGGCUGCCGCCGUCAGGGCCACGAACCCCAGGACGGGGAGGACCGCCUCGCCCAGGGACAUUGUGCGGCGCCGGCCCGGCUUCGCAUCGCCGUCCUCGCCCCUCCUGGUCUGCAAGCGAUGGUACGCCGAGAGCAUCGGGCCCCUCGAGGACGCCCUCACCUUCGUCUUCACCGACAUCAUCGUCGCCAGGGACUUCCUGCGCGCCCACGCCCCCGCCCGCGACAUCCGCAACGUCGAGCUCAGCCUGCGCGUCAAGCCCCUCAUCACGGAGCUCUACCUCCCGGGCCCGGACGGCGGCGGCGGCGGCGGGCCCCAGCCCCACGUCGCCGGCGCCCCCGUCACCGCCGCCGACAACCCCUGGGAGGACCUGAGCCGCCGCCUCGCCGCCCUGCCGCGCCUGCGCGAGCUGCACGCCUACCUCGACUCCGAGGACCUGCGGCCCUGGCACAAGCGCGUCAGCGAGCGCGCCUUCCUGCGCCGGCUGCUCCGCGCCCGCGCCAGGCGCCGCUUCGUCCUCUACCUGCCCGCCGUCCCCGCCGACGCCCCGCUGCAGGGCCUGCCGGGCACGUACCUCGGGGACGGGGACUGGGACGGCGACGGCCUGCCCGGCGGCGGCGGGGCCGGGGCCGGCUGCGCCGCCGUCGUCGUGAGGGGGCCCAGGCCCAACAACUGGCAGCUGCAUCUCUCCAGGAUAUCGCAUGUCCUCCCGGAGAACUGGACCCAUACCCUGUGGAACCAGGCGCACGACAGGGUCAUGCCGCAGUAUGCGUGAUCCAGGGGGCGAUGGGAAGGGGCGGGGGCGGGGGUGAGGGC